GCCGAGUACUUUGAGAGCAGCUACCCCAAUGGGCCGUAUUCCAGGCAAGGAUAUGAAGACCCCCAUUGGCAGUAUCCAGCAGCCAGCUAUGGGGAUGACUACGCCUACCAAAGCCACCAGUGGCAGCCAGUGCGCUGGCAGGAUGACAGAGACCCGAGACAGGGAGAGCCUUACGGCAAGAGUACCAAUUACCAGGACCAGCACUACUACAGGGGUUACCACCCCAACCUGGUUGCAACCCCCCCAGGGCAGGACAGGACGCAGACCUACGACUCCUAUGAGGAGAGAUACGCCUCAGCUGCCUGGCCUGAGUGGGCAGGGGGAGAAACGCUCAGCAGUGAUUCAGGGGAGGUCGGUGGCCAGCCCCAAGAGCCCUCGGGCCAGCCCAGCCUGCUCCUGCAGUACCGGGAGUCGGGGCUCAGCUCCAGCAGCUAUGAGCUCAGCCAGUACAUCCACGAUGGUGCCGACCACUAUGACCCCACGCUUUCGGGGACCUGGAGCCCAGCACAAGCAGGGGGGCCUUCGGUGUCCACCCCAGUCCUGGUGGUACCCCACAAGUUCCCGCUGCCACACGUGGUGGUGUGCUUUGGAGCUGGAGGCCAGCUGGUGUUGGUGUGUCCCCACCACCCUGCCGAGGGGCAACUAGCCCAUGUCGAGAUACACAGCCUGGAGGUAAUCCUUCAUGACACGAAAGAGCUGGAGGAGCUAAAAGCCUUCCCGGGGCCCCUGGCCAGGGAAGAUCUGCACAAGGUGGAUGUGAUGACGUUUUGCCAGCAGAAGAUAGCCACAAGCUGUGAUCUCUCAACAGAGAAAGGCAGAGAUUCAGCUCUUCUCUGGAAACUCCUGGUCCUCCUCUGCCGGCAGAAUGGGUCCAUGGUGGGCUCGGACACGUCUGAGCUGCUGAUGCAAGACUGCAGGCGCCAGAAGUACAAGAGGCAAAACCCCGCGGCAAACCUGAUCAGCCUGACGGAUGACGAGUGGGUGUCACGUCAGCCAGGCACACUAGACCUCAUCACAGGAGAGGUCCCUCCUGUUGUAGAGACGCAGGCACAGAUAGUGGAGAAGUUCACCAAACUCCUUUACUAUGGCAGGAAGAAAGAUGCUCUGGUCUGGGCCAUGAGAAACCAGCUGUGGGGCCAUGCCCUCUUCCUCUCCAGCAAGAUGGACCCUCGGACCUACAGCUGGGUGCUUACCGGGUUCACCAGCACGCUGGCCACCAAUGAUCCCCUGCAGACCCUCUUCCAGCUCAUGUCGGGAAGGAUCCCCCAGGCAGCACUGUGCUGUGGGGAUGCCACGUGGGGAGACUGGAGGCCCCACCUGGCUGUGAUGUUGUCCAACAAGGUUGGAGACAUGGAGCUGAACCACCGAGCCAUUGUCACCAUGGGAGACACUUUGGCUGGCAGGGGAGCAGUCGAAGCAGCUCAUUUCUGCUACCUGGUGGUCGAUACUCCUUUCAGUUACUUUGGGGCGAAAGCAGACCGCAUGGCUCUUUUGGGCAGCAGCCACCGGCAGGCGUUCACCCAGUUUGCCAGGACAGAGGCCAUCCAGCGGAUGGAAAUCUUUGAGUACUGCCAGCAGCUACGACAGCCCAAAUCCUUCCUGCUCCCCUUCCAGGUGUACAAGCUCCUCUACGCCUCUCGCCUGGCUGACUACGGGCUCCCAGCCCAGGCCCUGCAAUACUGCGAGCAGAUCGCCGCUGCGCUCCUGGGCCAGGAUCCGGCCAGCCACCCUGUCCUGGCCCAGCAAGUGAUGAAGCUAGCCGAGCGGCUGAAGCUCUCUGACCCGCUGCUCAUGGAGAUGCCCGAACAGGACGAGACGCUGGAGCACGUGGAAGACAACCUCCCUCCAGAGGUGGUACCCGCUCAGCCAGGGCUCUCCUGGACUGCCGCAUCGACGGCAGAUGGAGAGCCUGGCCACGAGCUUCCCCAGAGUGAAGGCCACCAGUAUGACCAGUGGUACCAGCCCAUGCCACCCCAGGGACCCAGCCCUCAAGAGCACGGACCCAGCUCUCAAGAGGACGCGUCUCUCCGGCCCCCAGCACCUCCUCAGGUCGCAGCAUCGCCGCUGCUCGGCGUUGGGCAAGAGCUGCUGCUCCCCACGCUCGGCCCAGGGACGGCCGCCCUUCCGGGAGAGGUUUUUGCUGAGCCCCUUCCGCAGGUGGUGCCACCGGCAGGAGAAGCUGGGGAGCCCUGGGGUGCCCCGCUGUCCCCCGGAGGGGUGCAGCCAUCCCUCCCAGCAGAGCAGGAGGAGUUAAAGGCAAGGGCUCGGACCAUCUCGGAGAGCUCCACCGUCUCCUUGGAAGAUGACAGCCGGCCCUCCUCGGAGAGCGCAGCCGAAGACGCUGGCGAAGAGGCGGGGGCAAGCUCUGGAUUCAGGUGGUUUGGCUGGUUUCGGUCAAAGCCCACCAAGGAAACAUCUCCCAAAGCUGCGUCCGAGACAGCCUCGGACUCCCCCUCGCCAGGACCCCAGGAACGGAUGUCGCCAUCCCCACCAGACACUCCUCUCGAGGCUGGGACAAGCCCUUUGGCUUGGUCGCCAUCCAUAAACCCCGGAGGAAUGCAAGGUGAAAAUACCUUUCCUGUUACUCCACUGUCCGUUGAGAUGAAAGGCUCAUGGGAGUCAGGAGAGCAGACCAGGUCCCACGAAUCUCCCCCACUGGUGGGGACAGUCCCCCUCUUCAACCCUGUGCAGAUGUCUCAGCUUGCCGCUCCAGCUCGACCCAACCAACCCCGGCUGCUUUCCCAGCGCUGCUACCCCAACCCUCUGUGA